AGGGAGAGAACUCCGGAGGAGCGCGCGAGCAGAUCAGCACCGAGGACAGCGUUUGCAGCGCCCGCGCCCAGGUCUCGCUCCGCAGCCCAGACCCGCGCGCACGCUGGUGUUCUCGCUCACCCCGCUCUCGUACCGACACAUCUACACGCCCAGACACACACCCCGCUGUACAAUGGCAGAAUCCCAUCUGCAAUCAUCCCUGAUCACAGCCUCACAGUUUUUCGAGAUCUGGCUGCAUUUCGACGCUGAUGGAAGUGGUUACCUGGAAGGAAAGGAGCUGCAGAACUUGAUCCAGGAGCUCCAGCAGGCGCGAAAGAAGGCUGGAUUGGAGUUAUCACCUGAAAUGAAAACUUUUGUGGAUCAGUAUGGGCAGAGAGAUGAUGGAAAAAUAGGAAUUGUGGAGUUGGCUCAUGUAUUACCCACGGAAGAGAAUUUCCUGCUGCUCUUCCGAUGCCAGCAGCUGAAAUCCUGUGAGGAAUUCAUGAAGACAUGGAGAAAGUAUGAUACUGACCACAGUGGCUUCAUAGAAACUGAAGAGCUUAAGAACUUUCUAAAGGACCUGUUAGAAAAAGCAAACAAGGUUGUUGAUGACACAAAAUUAGCCGAGUAUACAGACCUAAUGCUGAAACUAUUUGAUUCAAAUAAUGAUGGGAAGCUGGAAUUAACUGAGAUGGCCAGGUUACUACCAGUACAGGAGAAUUUUCUUCUUAAAUUUCAGGGAAUCAAAAUGUGUGGAAAAGAGUUCAACAAGGCUUUUGAGCUAUAUGAUCAGGAUGGCAAUGGAUACAUAGAUGAAAAUGAACUAGAUGCUCUACUGAAGGAUCUGUGUGAGAAAAAUAAACAGGAACUGGAUAUUAAUAACAUUCCAACAUACAAGAAGAGCAUAAUGGCUUUGUCGGAUGGAGGGAAGCUGUACCGAACAGAUCUUGCUCUUAUUCUCUGUGCUGGGGACAACUAGAGUUGGUGUCUACAGCCACUUGCUAGUGAUACAUUGUAUCUAAAAUGUAACUGUGCACUAUAAGGGAGUAGGCUGUAUUUUCUUUUAUAUCUGUAAAUUUAACUGCAUAUAGAUACUUAUCCAGGUUGUGUGGUUCAUUCUUCUCAUCUUGUUUCUACACUGUUUGUAAUGUACAGUUUUUGUAACUACAUGAUUGAAAAGGAGAAAGUUUAUGCUUAGACCAGUAAGUCCAUCCAACUUAAAAAAAAACAGCAUAGUCUUGCUUCUUCUAUAAAUAUAGUUGGACAAGAUUUCCCUAAAAAUUCCAUCAGGAUUAAUCUCUGAAAUUCUAGUCUCUGAUUUAUAAAUGCAUAUUUGUCACUGAUUAAGAGAAUUAUACAUGACAAGCCAAGCAUUCUUAUUUUAGACAAUCACAGGACUGUCCCACAGUCUUUCCGAGCUAUAUUUCCAACUAUUAGGAAGAACAUGCUUUUGCCUCUAAAAUACUCACCAAAAUAACAAUAAAUAUUUAAUUGUGGCUUUAUGAAGUUAACAGUCUCACUAGAGAAAAUUUAGUUUAUUAAUCAACAAAAUGUCUAUUGCUUGAAUCCAUAUAAAACUAUUGGUUCAAGUUGAUUUGUUGACAAGGGAGGAGAGCACCAGAUGACACACAAAUUUGUCUGAUUCUAUGCCUGUAUUUCCAACAAGCCUACUGUCAGAGAAUAUGACCUAGAUCCAUUUUCUAAACUGUUUUCACAUGUUGCAGAUUAUAACUAUUCUAGUAAGCUGCUGUUUUAUGUCAUAUUCUGUGUAAUCUCUGAUUAAAUUUAAUAUACUGCAUACCCUGGUGUCUAGUUUGCAUACUUCCUGGAUUUUCUUUCUAUGUAGAACUGUUCAUUUCCACCGAGAUUAUGUGCUGCCUCUGAAAAUAUUUUUUUCUAGCUAUAAUUCUAUUUUUUACUACAUAAUUAAAUUUUAAUGUAAAAUUCAUAGCAUCCUGAUGAUUGAAUGUUGCAUCAUCAAUACUUUUGUGUAUUCUGUGGAUUCUAUAUUUCAUAUUGAGAUCAGCAAUCAAAAUAGUUCUAUUUCUAUCUGCAAAUAGUUUCAAUUGAGUUAAAAAUAACAUCUGAAGAGAAAUGCUAAUCAUUUAUCUUAUAUAGAAAGAUUCUAAAACAUUCUUUAACACACAUCUAAGUCACAAUUUCACAUAUUUGUAGCUAGAAUAUCCUAUACUGGUUAGGGUUGACUUGUCAUGGUUGGUGAUUUUGGAUUCUUUGAUUGUGAAUCAGGGAGCUAUGAGAGAUGUGUCUGUGUGAAAUUCACAGUUACUACCUAAGAGUUAAUGAUGGUUCUGAGCCAGCUUGAAUGUCCCCAUUCUAUAAAUUCAACACUUAUUUUCUGAAGUCAUAAAAAUAACAAAAAUGUGAGCUAUUUCUUUCCCUCAAGAAUACACAGAAGAGAGUUCUGCCAAAAACUAAAAUUUGUCGAAUGAUGUAAGUGAGUGUUAGAUUGGCUUUGCCUUUAGGGUGUAAAUGGAAGCACCGACAUUAGACUGAAUUUAAAUACUAAGAAUAAAUAAAGAAGAAAAUAACCUUAA